AUGGCGGCGCUGGUGCUGGUGUUGCUGGCGGCGCUGGGCGGGCGGGCCGUGCUGCCGGGCGGGCGGUGCGCGGCGCCGCUGGCCGACCUGCGCUCGCAGAUCUCCGGCGUGGAGUCGCUGCUGGAGGAGUUCCGCCGGCAGCUGCAGCAGGAGGAGCCGGGACCGCCGGCGGCUGCGGCGACGGGCGGCGGUGGGGAGCGUUGCGGCGGCAGCAGCAGCUUCUCCACCAGGCCCGACUCCAUCAUCCGCACCAAGGACUCCAUCGCGGCCGGCGCCACCUUCCUGCGGGCCCCCGCCGGCGUGGUGGGCUGGCGGCAGUGCCUGGACGCCUGCUGCGCCGAGCCGCGCUGCACGCUGGCCGUAGUGCAGGGGCCCGGCCGGCCGCGGAGUGCGGCGGCGGCUGCGGCAGCAGAGCUGGGCUGCUACCUCUUCAACUGCACGCACCGCGGCCGCCCCGUCUGCCGCUUCGCCCCGCACCGCGGCUACAGCACUUACAGCCGCCGGCCCGCCGCGCCGCCGGAAGAAGAUAGUGAUGAGCCUCCACGGUGCAAGGCGGGACAAGAUAUUGUGCUGCAGUCACCUGUCGACUGGGUGCUCUUGGAUGGCCGAGAAAGUUCAGAUGACCAUGGAAUUGUGCAGUACGAGUGGACGCUGCUGAAAGGGGACUCAUCGAUUGAAAUGAAGGUGCCACAACCAGGAACACUGAAACUGUCUCACAUUCAGGAGGGUGGGUAUGUUUUCCAGCUAACUGUGACAGACACUGCAGGUCAGCGGAACUCUGACAACGUCUCUGUGACCGUUCUGCCUAUGGUUCAUUCUGCAGUAGCCUGUGUCGGGGUUUGCUCUCGCUACCAGUUCAUCUGUGAUGAUGGCUGCUGCAUCGACAUCACGUUUGCUUGCGACGGGCUGGCACAGUGCCCGGAUGGGUCGGAUGAAACCUUCUGCCAGAACUUGGGCCCAGGUCGAAAGACGGUGACACAUGCAGCUCUUGGCACUACCCAGCAAAGGACUGUAGGACUGACUGAAAACACAGAUGACAACUUCUCUGCAGAAAACACCCUGAAAGCCACUGCCAGAAAUCAACCACUUCUCUCAGUGGAUGCAGACGUGUCUAACCAAUCGCUUUCUCAGGGACCAAAGAAACAAAUCAGUGGAUUUGUGCCAGACAGCAGUUCCUCAGGGAAAAGAACAGAUGAUAAAAAUGGGAACGGCAUAACGGUGCCAAAGAGAGAUCAGUUUGGAGGUAGUCGUCCAGUCCCAGAAACAGGUGCUGUGUUACCCUUAGCCUUAGGCUUGGCAAUCACUGCUUUACUGCUGCUUAUGGUUGCUUGCAGACUGCGUUUAGUGAGACAGAAGCUUAAAAAAGCUCGACCCAUUACAUCUGAAGAGUCUGAUUACCUCAUCAACGGGAUGUAUCUCUAAACAUUGGAUUUAAGUCAGUUGUUUUCUCCCCUUUCUCCUGUGUCCAUGAACCUCUGCCUCUAUAAAGGACCAAAACCUUUAGCUGAGUUCCAAAUGUAGAAGCUGCCUACAAGACAAGGAACAUGUUCUUUCUCUUCAGUGAUAAAAUUAAAAAGUGGGUAGAUGCCCGUGCUGGGAAAAUAAGCAGCGUUCAGGCUCCAGAGGCUAGCUCCAGUUGGCUCUUGUGCAGAGGGUACUGCAAGGUGGGGACAUCCCAAACUGGCUGCAGGGUGCCCUCUCAGAAGCAUCCCCGGCGGCUGCAUGGGCCGAGGCACAGAGGGGAGCUGUGCCACAGCCCUGUUCCGCACCGGGCACUGGGACAGGACGCUCCAGACCAACGCCUUGGUCACUGUCCAGCACAGACGGGUUUCUGUACUUUCUACCUGAUGCACUGGGAGUGUUUUCAUUAAAGAAUUUGUCUUGCUUUGUUAAGUAAAAGCAAUCACUAUCUAAGCACCAGCUUUUGUAACGAAAUUUGGGAUUUAGGGAGCAAAGCAUCUCUUUUUCCAUUCAUAGUUUGAACCCCUGUGCAGCUAACAGGGAGUCAUGCUUAUUGAAUGCUACAGUGAAAAAAUGCAAGUCCUCAGCAGAGGAGUUUGGACUUACCCGUGCUCGACAGCAGCCACGUGCAAUCCCAGAGCUCUGCCUCUCCCCAGAGCCCAGGCCUUGUUCAGCCUUUCUCACCCCAAGCUCGACACCCUCCCCAGCAGGAGACACCGGGGCACAGGAGUCCUGCUAGUUAUCCCGUAGCUCCCUGCAAAGCUUGAAAGCUUUGGCCACCUGCCCUCACCCCAGCAAAAUUCUCAUAGAACAAGUAAUUGAUAUGUGUGAGUGAACUUCAAAUGUGUUAACAGUAAAAUGUGUACAGUACAUGUUAUAUAUACAUAUCUCGAUAUAUAUACACACCUUGCUGUCUAUCUUGUUUGACUAUGCGAGGAUGUCACAUUCAUCAGGUGUCCCAAUAAAGACAGAGGCAAACGAGGCACGCGUCCUUUUGUAUGUCGUCUUUUGUACUUCAGCAGCUUUGAGGCAGCGGGAAUAUUGCCAUGGUAUACAACUAGUUCUUCAAGUUGCUCAGUCUUGAUUACUUUAUGUAAA